ACGCCAAACGUGACGGGCGUGUGACGUCAUCACAAAGGGCAAACAGGUGUUUUGCGUCACGCCGGAAGCUCUCCUUGUCUCAUUGAAGUGCAGCCAAGUGGGAGCGAACGAACACAUGGACGACCGGAGGGAGGCAAGCAGCCCCUCAGAACCGGGCGACCGUCGAGUACGCCCUCCACGUGCCCGAUGGCGAGUCCAGAUGCAUGCAGGGUUUCACCUUCUUGUCAAUCAGCACCUGGAAUGAACUUUUGUUGUCACAGUCAUCAUAGUGGGCACAUCCCUCUGGAGGAGCCCCGAGGGACGACCCAGGACACACCGGAGAGACUGAAGUCUCUCGCCUGCCUCGGGAUGCCCGGAGGAGCCGGAUGAAGUGGCUGGGGAGCUCAAGGAUGGAUGCCCUCUGACGGCCUCGUGAUUUUGGGGGGCGAAGGCCGUUCCUGCGUCAGCUGGUGAGCCCGCGAUGAAGUGGCGUAGCGGGGGCGUCGUUCUCCCGACGCGUAGUGUCGGUCCCUGCAGCCGCCGGGACGCCGAUCCAGCCACUCCGCAGGUGUGGACCCGCAGAUGACGAAGGCGACGGCCAGCCCGCAGCGUGGCAGGAAGAGGAUGGAAAGAAGUCCCUCAUGAGAUCUGCACCCACCCGAAAGAGGAUAUCCCCGCAAGCAUUUUUCAAGCGUGGAAACACAAGGUCAUGAUCACCACUCAUCUCAUAUUAAGAUCCCGACGAAGGUGUCCAGAGCUGUGGUUUCCUUCCACGAGUGGAUGCUUGCACGACGCCUAGCUGGGACCUUCUGGCAUGGGACUCGAACCUGAUCCUGAAAUGAGAAAUGGCGUUUCCUCCACCUGUCCUUGAUUAUAACUGGUGAGGUAAGUCUCCCUUGAUGCCUCUCUGGCCUUGAAGGUGUUAGGACUCUCUCAGCGGGGAUGGGCACCCCGGCGACGGCUCCCCUCGGCGGGUUCGGCGCGACCGCGACCGCGGCCGCGGGCUGGACUUACUGGUCUGGAAACGGCUUGCCGAAGCUCAACCACAGCCUGGCGAGAGUGGCGGGGGGCGACGGUGGCGUUGUGCCGGCCGCGGGUGGCAACGUGGGAAACUUGACACGGGAGGUUAAGAACUGGCCGGCACUGCUCAUCCUGGUCAUCAUCGCGCUGACUGUCGGUGGCAAUAUCCUGGUCAUCCUGGCCGUGUCGCUGGAGAAGAAGCUCCAAAACGCUACCAACUUCUUCCUGAGGUCCUUGGCGGUGGCUGACAUGCUUGUGGGCAUUUUGGUCAUGCCCGUGUCCCUCAUCAACAUCCUAUACGACUACGCGUGGCCCCUGCCCAGCGCCUUGUGCCCCAUCUGGAUCUACCUGGACGUGCUGUUCUCCACCGCCUCCAUCAUGCACCUGUGCGCCAUCUCGCUGGACCGCUACGUGGCCAUCCGCAACCCGAUCGAGCACAGCCGCUUCAACUCCAGGACCAAAGCCAUGAUGAAGAUUGCUGCCGUUUGGACCAUCUCCAUAGGUGUCUCCACGCCUAUCCCGGUCAUCGGCCUCCUCAACGAGGACAACGUGUUCGUCAACGGCAGCUGCGUGCUCAACGAGGAGCGCUUCAUACUGAUGGGCUCCUUCGUGGCCUUCUUCAUCCCGCUGGUCAUCAUGGUGGUGACGUACGGCCUCACCGUCCAAGUGCUGCAGAGGCAGGCCACCGUCUUCCUGUGCGAGGCCAACGCUUCUUCCCAGCAGCCUUUGCAGGCCCCCGCCGUAACCGACGCUUCACAGAAACACCCGGACCUGCCAGAGCUCAAGGCGGAGUCGGAGUCCGGCAUCCUCCUCGGUGUCUCCGCGUCCGAGAGCGUCGGCAUCCUUCCCGGCUCGGAGGCGACGUCGCAGCUGAGCUCUCCGGCGGCCGGACCCGGACGCGGUGCCGCCGCCGGUUGCCACGGACGACGGGGAAUGAUGCAGGCCAUCAAAAACGAGAGACGGGCCUCCAAGGUGUUGGGAAUUGUCUUCUUUCUCUUCCUCGUCAUGUGGUGUCCCUUUUUCAUCACCAAUGUCACCUUGGUACUGUGCGGCGGCUCCUGCAACGAGUCUCUGCUCCACGAGCUGCUCAACGUCUUCGUGUGGGUGGGAUACAUCUCGUCGGGCGUCAACCCGCUGGUGUACACGCUCUUCAACAAGACCUACAGGAGAGCCUUCUCCAGCUACAUCCACUGUCGCUACAACGCGGGCGCCGAUGCGCCCGCGGCCAGCCGGGGCUUCAAGAACCCGACGGCGCCUCUGUCGUCCUCGCACGCCGUCACCCCCCCGCUGGGGGAGGCACGCAGGAAGGUCUGCGCCGACCAGGGACGCCACAGUGAUUGUCGAAACGGCGGACGGGCGGCACGGGCGACAGGAGAAGACGGGACUCGAGCGGGGAGCGACGCAACGCCGAGCCUCUAUGAGUUCCAUGACAUUGGGGGGGCGCUCUCCGAAACGGAGGCCGAAACCGAAGAGCAGGAACUGUCGCUUGUUGGCUACAGCCCCGCCUCCACGGUUCACACCAGCAGUGUAUGACGUUUUUGGAAACCGAAUUGUGGCUUGACCUCAAAGAUAUAAGAGGGUUCAUCCGGGAUCUGGGAGCCAGCGGAACCCCGAAAUCAAAUGCGGGAUGACGAUUAGCUGGUUUCAGGCUGCCAUCUGGCGCCCACGCAGGCCCUCUAAAAUGUUUUCUGAUCAUACAAGGAAACAAACGUUCACAAUGGAGCAUUAUUUGGGAGUUAGGACAAGGGUACUCGCACGCUCAGCAGUUCUUCCUCAGAUGUGAUCCAAUCACAUUUACAAAGUGAAAUUGACAACAACUUAGAGGUGAGUCAUACACUUCUGGAGGCUUUUUGAAGGCAAAAGAGUGAAUGUAGAAACGUUCUUCAUGAUCUGCCUCAUUCAUUUUCUUAGAAAGCGCCUCUAGGCUUCUGCGACACGAGCUAACGAGGUGUGAAUGUACCAAGUGUGUAUUCUCAGGGUGCUGAAGCGAUGUCAACUGGACUGCUGUGCUUGUCUGAGAUAUUUCGCCUGUCAUUUGAACAACGCACUUCUCGAGUCAGUUGCAGACAUGUACGGACGUUAUUUUGUGGAGUCUUUCCACCUCUCCCGACCACGCACGUCCAAUGCCAGAGAAUCUGAUGUCUGAAAAGAUUGUCCUUAGGUCUUCGGUGUCUCACGAGUGGCUCGGUCCCGACUUUAGGCUCCAAACCAGGUCAAGGCCGCCAAUUUUAAAUCGUUAACGUGCUCGGUAUUUACGGACAAAAGUUUCAGUCUGUCGGGGAGCUGACGUCUCCCAAAUCAUGAGGUGAAAGAGUAGAGCCAAUCGAGAAGCGCCUCGGCUUAGGCAAAAGGAAAAAGACUCACCAUAAAUAAGCGUAUCUUACCCAAUGUGGUUGUUAACUUUUUUGAAGACUGCGCCAUUUUCCCGAGGCUCCGGCAACAUUGGGGAAAACGUUACAAACCGUGAACACGACACAGAGCGCUGUUCUGUCAAUCCCAACAAAACUGAAAUACCGGGGUUUUUAUUUUGUUUCAAUCUUCACGGGUGGCGUCAGUAUGGUUAUCUUAAUCUUUGAAGAUUUGAAAAAUUCGCGUGUGGACCAGGCCUAAGCCUUGCUGCAUGAACUGAUGAAUACUAGUCAGAUGAGAGGUGAAGCCGGUAAAAUAACCAGAACCUUCAAGUUGCGAUCAAUGCAAUGCGCUGAGAAGGGAAUGACUGCCGAAUGAUAAUAUUGACUGGCUUAAAGUGGCCAUGUCGGUCUCGUCUGUUGUCUGCCGACGCGUCUGGAGGGGUGCACUGGCACAGUUGAAAGAGCGAGCCAUGUUGUAAUCUGGGAGAAGAUGUGAAAAAUCCCCAUCUGAAACCAAAUCAUCUAGAAUGUCUCGGCGCUGCCCAAUCAAAACCAUCGUAAUCUUGAUCGCGUGAAAGGAGCUUUUAUGUGGAGUGGAGCUCCAUCCAAAAGAUAUUUGACUUCUAUCGCGAGUCGAUAUGAAGACGUUGCACGCGUGUGCCCUUGAACGGAAACUUGCCGCAGACUUUUUGUUGCUUGGCAACAACAUUUUGCGGAAAAAUCAAGAUGUAUUGUUGUCUUUCAAGGUGCUGAGUGCAAUAUUGGAGCCCUCGCCCUUGCCUAACCCUACCCCCCCCAAAAAAAAAAAAAUAUAUAUAUAUAUUGAGAUAUAGAAACGUUUCAGUGUGAUCACGGAUACUUUUUUUGGUCAACUAAUACAUGCUCAACUCUGCCUGUAAAGAAAACACAAAAACAAAACAGGAAGUCGCCAGUACAUUUAAAACUUUGACAUUAAUCACUGGGAAAAUGUUUUAUUU